UACAAAGGCUUAACCUGCGGGCUGUCAAGAGGGCAAUGUUUUUACACUGUUCAGGAAGAAGAAAAAGCAAUAAAAAUAUGUGAUUCUAGCAACACACUAAAAAUUAUAAUGCGUUAGUGUAUUACAGUGAGGAAAGUUAAGUGAUACAGCACCAUUUAAAAGUAAAGUGUGUGAAUAAAUAGAAGAGAGGACCGAGAGAAGAAUACAAAGCGUUACAGGUCAAAAGAAGUCCGUGGUGCUGAGGGCGGCGCGGCUUUACCCGUGACAGCAUGCAGCGGUAGCACGGCAGCAGCGACCAGCGUGGCCAACGUAUGCUGCGUGCCGUGAACCUGAGGGCCAUACAGCGGUGGUGGGCGGCCGGUGGCGGGGGCGUGAGGCGGGGCGAGGACGCGGCUGGGCAGUCUCAUGGGUUAUUCUUGAGGGCCAUGCGUGCUGCCGUCAGACUGAACCUGAAUUUCCUGAAGAAGUUCGUCCUGGCCAUCGCUGGUGUCUUCUUCUACUGUGAAUUCCUCCACUACUAUGUUGUUCUGGCCCAGUGUGGGUGGCCGGCCUUGGACCCCAGUGCUGCUGACCCCAGUGUGAAUGACUCUGGGACGCCACUCCACGCAAUGGUCCUGGCCGACACCCAUCUCCUGGGGCGCAGGAAUGGCCACUGGCUGGACAAACUGCGGAGGGAGUGGCAGAUGCAUCGAGCCUUCCAGACUACCGUGACGCUCCACCAGCCAGACGUCUUCAUCUUCCUGGGUGACCUGUUUGACGAGGGCAAGUGGUGCCAGCCGGAGGAGUAUGUAGAGUACGUGGCUCGCUUCCACCAGCUCUUCGCUGUGCCCGAGGAUGCCGAUGUGCUGGUGGCGGUGGGCAACCACGACAUUGGCUUCCACUACAGUGUCAACCCGUACCUGGUCAGCAGAUUUCAGCGGAGCUUCGACGUGGGUCCUGUGAAGCUCGUCCAGAUCGCUGGCGUCACUUUCGUCAUCAUCAACAGCAUGGCCAUGGAAGGGGACGACUGCUUCCUCUGUAGACCUGCAAAGAACAAGAUUAAGGUUAUAUCAAGACAGCUGAGGUGUGCCCGGGGGGACAAGGAGACCUGCAAGUACUGGCAUAGUCCCAUCCUGCAGCAAUACAGUCAACCAGUGGUGCUGCAGCACUACCCUCUCCACCGGGACUCAGAUGCUGUGUGUGACGAGCCGGACGAGGCGCCGCCAGACCUUAAGCACGUCAGGUUCAGGGAGCGCUGGGAAUGCCUCUCCAGGGAUGCCACGGAAAUGCUGCUGGAGGAGCUGUCGCCGCGCCUGGUGCUCAGCGGACACACCCACCACGGCUGCCAUGUGACGCACCCGCUGCCCCGCGGCUCCCCGGCCCACGAGUACACUGUCCCGUCCUUCUCCUGGAGGAACAAGAGGAGCCCCACCUUCUCCAUGCUAACGAUCAGCUCCAACAACUACGCCAUCUACAAGUGCCACAUGCCCCAGGAGGUCACGGUGCUAGUGGUCUAUGGCAUCACCACACUGCUCAUCAUAAUGUGGAUCGUUCGCUUGAAGCUGAGGUCCACAGGCGUCCUCUACACCAAGGUCUCCAAGCAUCUCGACUAAGGCGUCGCUGCAGUGAGGUUUUUGUACUUUUGUAAUUUCAAUGGAUUUUGUGCUCCAUUCAUACGUACACUGGAAGGAGAAUACAGGACAAAGUGAACUUACUGCUUGUGUUCUGUAGGUUCACUUUAUCUUUGUGCUGCUGAAGAAUGUUGUGGAAGGACCAAAGAAGAUCAAUUUAAAUGUUUUUAGAAUUGGCAGCAAUUGUGUCAUGGUGCUGUUGUUGCCAUCUUACUGUUUUUGUUGAAAGCAAAACAGAAACCUUUGUUGGUAAAUAUUUAAGAUCCGUGGACGUGGUGAGGGAUUGAGGAGAUAGAAAAAGAAUUAUUACCUUUUGGAGGAGAAGGGAGGUGGAGUGGGCACUGCCUCUCUGCCUUACCCUGUCCCACUUCUUGUGACCUUGUUGCUGGCUCCCUCUUGUCCAUGGUAACAGUAGGUGCCAGCAGAGCUAUAAAUAGGAGAGUUUGACCAAGCUGAGUGAGUGAAACGACAGGCCCCCAGCCGUAUGCUCCCCAUUAGUUAAUUAGUGGAGAUGGUGCUGGUAAAGGAUGUGUGUUUGGAGGUCAUUCCGUACCAUACUUAUAAAGUAGUUUUGCCCCAUGAAUGCAAACUGUCUGGUAGGAAUAUUCUGUGUAGGCCGAGGAGCUGUAUUGGAAUCCAUCCCGCUCUUAUGUCAUUAAGUUCUGGAGUGAAGAAUCAUCAUUACCUGUUUAACAUCAGAUUUUCCCAUAAUUUCUAAAGAGGUUAGACCAUUGACGAUACAAUUCCACCAUUUGGCAAUACUCUAUAUCAGGGCUACUCAACCAUUAUGAGCAAAGGUCCAGUUACAACACUCAUAAGGUCCGGAUUCGGACCGCGGGCCGCCAGUUGAGUAGCCCUGCUCUAUAUGUUUAGGUAAGUCUGCUAAAAAUAGGUGUUGUCGGAAGCUGGAAAAAAAUGGUGAUCCAAUUGAGCCUGGGUCCACUGCUUCUCAGAUUAAAGGGCUUUUACUGUAGUAUUUCAUGUGUGAAAGCCUGCUAUCAAUUCCCUAUGUGGCAGCAGAGUGUAGUGACUCAAGGUAAUGCUGUACUAGUCAUGUGUUCUAGUCAGGAUCAGAUACAGAAAACUGACUCACCACUCUGGCCCAAUGCCUCUUGUCCUACUUCCAGACCUGAAGGUCCCCUCUUUACUGUAAGCACCGGAUGUCGUUAUUUGUAUGUAGCCAAACGUAGCAACAAGUCCCAUAAGUAACCCUUGCUCAUUGGCCACUUUUUACUUUAGUCUGAGUCAGACUAAGAAAAACACUGUCCAAGGAGAGGUUUUGUCAGUCUUCCCUUUGUUCAUCCUACAUAGUUGUUCAUCAGUGUUAGGAGCAAUACAUGGUUCACUUAGGAGCAAUACAUGGCUCACUGAAUACCAUCACAUACUUCUGUAUGUUUUUGGUUUGCCAGCUUUUUUACAAUCAAUUUGACCACCAUGUGGUAAGCUUGUUUGAUAGGGUUUUGUAAAUUCAUGCUAAGCUUACUCAUCACAUUGAUGUUAAUCCCUUAUGGCACUGUGCCUCUCCUGAACCACUUGUUUUGUAAUAAGUGAUAAGAAGUGGCACUCCCUUGCUCUCACACACGCACCUUUAAAUCCCUGACAUGGUUCUUUAUUCACAUGUACCACAUCACAACCCCUGACCCCAUCAAGGGUGAAUGUCUGCAUGUAAUAAUAUCAUCAUGCCAAGGGUGGCCACUGAGAGCAUGUAGGAGCUGACAAAUACAACACUUGCUUGGAAUGAAUUA